UCCCCCGCAGCUGUGUCUUAUUAGACCUUCUGACUCCUAGGGCUCCAUCUUGCUUGUCCCGGGGUUCAAGAUGGACAAAGUCUGUGCGGUUUUUGGCGGCUCCCGGGGGAUCGGCAGGGCUGUAGCCCAGCUAAUGGCACAGAAGGGCUACCGUCUGGCGAUAGUGGCCAGAAACCUGGAAAUAGCCAAAGCCGCCGCCGGCGAGCUCGGCGGAAACCACUUGGCAUUUAGCUGCGAUGUUGCUAAAGAACAGGAUGUUCAAAAUACAUUUGAAGAGAUGGAGAAACAUUUAGGUCCAGUAAACUUCUUGGUAAAUGCAGCUGGUGUUAACAGAGAUGGUCUUUUAGUAAGAACAAAAACUGAAGAUAUGGUAUCUCAGCUUCACACUAACCUCUUGGGCUCCAUGCUGACAUGCAAAGCUGCCAUGAGGACGAUGAUCCAGCGGGGCGGAUCCAUCGUGAAUGUAGGGAGUAUAAUUGGCUUAAAAGGCAAUGUGGGCCAGUCUGUGUACAGUGCCAGCAAAGGAGGGCUCAUUGGGUUUUCUCGCUCGCUUGCUAAAGAGGUUGCACGGAAGAAAAUCAGAGUAAAUGUGGUCGCACCAGGAUUUAUUCACACGGAUAUGACAAAACACUUGAAAGAAGAACACUUAAAGAAGAACAUCCCUCUUGGGAGGUUUGGAGAAGCUCUUGAGGUGGCACAUGCGGUUGUGUUUCUUUUAGAGUCGCCAUACGUCACAGGACACGUUCUAGUUGUGGAUGGAGGAUUACAACUCACCAUCUAAUUAGAGAUGAUUCUCUUGUGAUGCUUGGUAAUUAGGGUCAAGGGCAUAGUUUUCUGUUGAUUAGGUAAUUGUAUCUGUGGGUGACAUUUGUUACUUAAAUGAUUGUUUGUGUGACCAUAUUUCAAAAGAACAAUGUGUGAUCAGUUGUAAUCUAAGAGGUAUGAAUUCUCUAUCUUUAGAGACCAUAGCAAUUUUAGUACGUAGACAUUUUGUAAGGGGUAUACAUCAGUAUUAAUUCAUGUAUCUUAUCCUUGAAAAUAGAAAAUUCUGUUGUCUAAUUGUGAUACAGUUUAAGUAUAUAAAGCUGGAUUUUUAAAAUACCGACUUUGUGCUCUUGCUAAAAUAAGAGUAUUUAUAGAAGAUUGAGAUCAGGUUUUUAUUAGUUACUUUUUAAAGUUGCUGUGAUAAAACACCAUGACCAAAAGCAA